AUGGACAAAUCAUGGAUUGCACAACCACGAAAUACUGUUGAAUAUCAACAAGGCGUUCAAGGUUUUAUUGAUUUUGCGGUCACACACAGCUCUGCUGAGGGUUUGAUAUUAUGCCAUUGUUCACGUUGUGGUUUUAGAAAGUGGCAGCCAAAGGAAAUAGUGAAUGACCACUUAUUAUGCUCCAAAUUUCCUGAAGGUUACACUUUUUGGGUUUUUCAUGGAGAGUCACGUAUUGGAGAAAGCAGUAAUUCCAGUGAUGCAAAUGUAUCACAUGGAGUGGAAGACAACGUAAUCCAUGAGGAUCCAAUACGCAACAUGGUAAAUGAUGCUUUUGGGGUGGAUUGGCAGCAAAACAGUGGAGACACGACAAAUGAUGGACAUGAAGAAAAUUAUGGAGGCAAAGAAUUUUAUGAACUAGUCAAAGAUGGAGAACAACCGUUGUAUGAAGGGAGUAAGAAAUAUUCAAAGCUUUCUUUUAUUGUGAAGUUAUAUCAUAUCAAGUGUUUGUGCAAGAUAAGUGACAAGGCGAUGUCUUUAAUAUUGGAGCUAAUACACGAUGCAUUUGACCAUGCAAAGAUUCCUUCUUCAUUUUAUGAGGCAAAGAAAACUAUUACGAAGUUGGGAUUGGAUUACCAGAAGAUACAUGCUUGUCCAAGAAAUUGUAUGUUGUUUUGGGGUGAGGAAAAUGUAGACAUGCAAUUUUGCAAGGUUUGUACUUUAUCUAGAUGGAAACCUUGUGCCAAAGGAGGUGAACCACAACAUGGAAAUAGCACGCGUAAAGUGGCUGCCAAAGUUGUACGUUAUUUUCCACUUAAACCACGCUUGCAAAGAUUGUUCUUGUCUACAAAGACCGCUGAAGACAUGAAAUGGCAUGCUACAAAUGGUCACAAUGAUGGUUCCUUGAGGUAUCCCAGAGAUUCAGAAGCUUGGAAGCAUUUUAAUUCAUUACACACAACCUUUGUUGCGGACCCACGCAAUGUUCGACUUGGUUUAGCUACGGAUGGUUUCAAUCCUUUCGGGCAUAUGAGCUCCAGUUACAGUGUUUGGCCAGUUAUUCUAAUUCCAUACAAUACGCCUCCAUGGCUGUGUAUGAAGUCCACAUCAUUUAUUCUAUCAACGAUUAUACCGGGCAAAAAAAUGCCUGGAAAUGAUAUUGAUGUGUACUUACAGCCGUUGAUGAAAGAGUUGCUUGAAUUGUGGAACGAAGGUGUAGAUGCUUAUGAUGCCUCGACACGGGACAUGUUUAAGUUACGUGCAGCUUUAAUGUGGACAAUUAGUGAUUUUCCUGGUCUUGGUAAUCUAUCUGGGUGGAACACACAUACUGGGUUAGCAUGCCCAGUAUGCAACUUUGACUUUGAACCCACUCGUCUUUAUCAUAGUAAGAAGUGGUGUUUUAUGGGCCAUCGACGUUUUCUUCAACAAAGACAUCGGUUUAGAUUGAACAAGGUUCGAUUUAACGGUAAACAGGAGCUGCGCAAUCCUCCAAGGAUAUUAUCUGGCUGUGAAAUCCUUGAACAGCUUCAACAUGUUAAUGUUACCUUUGGUCGACCACCCGAAGUUAGCAGAAGAGGGAAAAGGAACCGAGUUGGUGAUCGUGAUGCACAAGGGAAUGCCCAACAAUGGAAAAAGAAGAGCAUAUUCUUUGACCUUCCAUAUUGGAGACAUAAUUUAUUGCGCCACAAUCUUGACAUGAUGCAUAUUGAGAAGAAUGUAUGCGAUAAUAUCAUUUACACGUUGCUUAAUGAUUCUUCAAAAUCAAAAGAUCAUUUAAGUGCUCGAAGAGAUCUACAAAGAAUGGGUUGCAGGACUGACCUUUGGCCAAAUGACAAUGGAAAAUAUCCUCUAGCAGUGUAUACAAUGACCAAUCAAGGGAAGAAGGCUUUUCUAAAGACUUUGCGGAAUAUCUCUGUACCUGAUGGUUACGCAAGCAACAUAUCUAGGUGCAUUGAUGUUGAUUCUAUGCGAGUGAGUGGGAUGUUGAAAAGUCAUGAUUGUCACAUAUUGAUGGAGCAACUACUACCAUUGGCUACGAGAAUAUCAUUGCCUGAUAAUGUAUGUAGCAUUUUGAUUGAAUUAUGCUCAUUUUUCAAGCAACUAUGUGGUAAGGUGUUGAGUGUUCCGGAGCUGGAUAAUAUACAACGUCAAGUUGUGCUAACCCUAUGCCAUAUAGAAAUGUUAUUUCCCCCUUCAUUUUUCACCGUCAUGAUUCAUUUGAUUGUUCAUCUUGCUGACGAAGCUAAGCUUGGAGGUUCGGUUCACUAUCGGUGGAUGUAUCCUAUUGAAAGGUAUUUGGGACAAUUAAAAUCAUAUGUUCAUAAUAAGGCACAACCAGAAGGUUCAAUUGCAGAAGGUUACCUUAUGCAAGAGAUCUUAACUUUUUGCUUAAGGGAAUUUAGGACAGAUGUUAAGAGGCAACUAAGGAGGACUACUCGAAGUCAAGCAGAGAUAGAUAAGCGGGUUCAUAGAGAGUUUGUAGAUUGGUUCUCCAAACGAAUUAUUGUAGAUAUCAACAAUAUUGAGGAAUCAGAUGUAGCUAUCAUGCUUUCUCUUGCUAAAGGUCCAUUUUAUGAAGCUAGAAGGUUUAAUGCAUAA